CUCUGUAUACACUCCUUUACUCUUACUCAUUAUUAGGUUUUUUCCACUCUCAAACGGCAGCCAAGUGAGCCAACCUCCUCCUCAAACGGUGUCGCUCGCCGGCUCGCCGCCUCUCCUCCGCCGUACCUGUCUUCUUCUCUAUUCCUUCUGUAACAUCCUUUAAGAUAAUAAUUUGGGGAGAAUCUACGAUGCCAAAACUACCAGAGCACCUCGAGCUCAAGCGCACUCGUGUCUCCUGCAAACUCGAUGCUCCUAAUGACACUGAGUCAGUUCUAUACUCUGGAGCAUACGCUUCAAUGGGCGUUGAUAAUUCGAGUUUGGAGAGUUUUUUCAAGGAAUUCAAUGUCGUAGUUAAUCGUCUUAGUGAAGAUGAUAUUGAAUUUGAUAUGAUUGGUAUUGAUGCUGCUUUGGCUAAUGCUUUUCGACGAAUUCUCAUUUCCGAGGUUCCGACAAUGGCCUUUGAGAAGGUUUUUAUAGCAAAAAAUACAUCAGUGGUUCAAGAUGAGGUUCUUGCGCACAGAUUGGGGCUUAUUCCCUUGAGAGUUGAUCCAAGGAUGUUUUCUUAUAAGUCAGAAAAGGAUGAACCAAAUGAGAAAAAUACCAUUGUUUUUGGACUUCAUGCUCAGUGUAACCGAGGUGAACCACGGCGUUCAGUCAAGUCAGAAGAACUAAAGUGGCUGCCAAAUGGGAGUAUGUUCUUGUUGGAGAUAGAAAAUAAAGUGUCAAGUUCAACUACAACACCCAGAACUUAUACUAAUUUUAAGUCUAGCCAAGAAACGCAACCUGAACUAUCUGAAAAUCCAAUUCAUCCUAAGCAUCCUGAUAUCACUAUUGCUAGAAUUGGGCCAGGGCAGGAAAUCGAACUUGAAGCACAUGCUGUUAAAGGUGUUGGCAAAGAACACGCAAAGUGGUCUCCAGUUGCCACUGCUUGGUACCGGAUGCUUCCUGAGGUUGUUCUCUUGCAAGAUAUUUGUGACGAGGAAGCAGAAAAACUGGUUGCAAAAUGUCCAGCGAAUGUUUUUGACAUAGAAGACACUCCAACUGGUAAAAAAGCAACAGCCCCACGACCAAGGGCCUGCACCCUUUGCAGAGAAUGCAUUCGAGAGGAAGGAUGGGACGAAAAGAUUGCUCUGCGACGGAAGAAAGAUCAUUUUAUAUUCACUGUUGAAUCAACCGGAGCAUUGCCUCCUGAGGUGCUAUUUACUGAAGCUGUGAAGAUCUUGGAAGACAAGUGCGAACGUAUCAUAACCGAACUGUCAUAAUAUCAAUUAGCUGGUGGAAAGGUACAACAACAACAACAACAACAAAGCCUUAGUCCCAAAACGUUUUGGGGUCUGGCUAACAUGAAUCGUCGUAGGAGAUCGUCAUGGUCACCAAUCAAAGUAGAAAGACAAUUCGGGAUUUUCGGGAUUAGGGAUUUUCGGGACCAGUAAUUUGGGUUGAUUUUGUGUGGCUUUGUUCUGGUCAAGUGUUUAGUCCUUAGUUCCUUACAUAUGUAAAAUAAGCAAGAUUAUUGAUGUGAAACCAGGACAAUUUACAAGCAAACCGUAAAUUAUCCCGUUAUAGUGGCCCAAGCCCAAAAAGCAAUUCUGUCAAAUUUUUCCGUUAAAAGGUAGUAAAAUCCAUAUUCUUUUAGGCGGUAAAAUCAAAACUUUUGAAUUCGUAGGUUGUAAAAUUAAAUUGGUGUUUUUUUAGGUUGUAAAAGAGUGAAUAUCCUUAUUUUGAACUUAUAAAACAUUUUUUUUAAUAAACAUGUUUCUUAAUUAAA